AUGGCGUCCUCGUUGUCCAUGGUAGCGUCGCCGCUGACGGUCGUGUCCCUGCUUGUUGCGUCGGCGUCGAUAAUGAGCGGCGGCGGCGGCGGGGCGCAGGCGCAGCCGAUUGUGCCGGCGGUCAUCUCGUUCGGCGACUCCACCAUCGACGUCGGCAACAACAACUACCUCCCCGGCGCGGUGUUCAAGGCCGACUACGCGCCGUACGGGCAGGACUUCGUGCGCCACGAGGCCACCGGCCGCUUCUCCGACGGCAAGAUCGUCACCGACAUCACCGGUUGCUAUGCUACCACCACGCUUGAUGCCUACUCUGUAGACUGUAGUGGUUAUGACGGCGGCUGUGUGACGAACGAGUUCGUUCUGUGGGUUGUUGCUGCAGCUGAAACGCUCGGCUUCGAGAGCUACGCGCCGCCGUACCUCAGCCCGCAGGCGUCGGGGAAGAACCUGCUCAUCGGCGCCAACUUCGCCUCCGCGGCGUCCAGCUACUACGACGACACGGCGGCCAUGUAUGACGCGAUCACGCUGACCCAGCAGCUCAAGUACUACAAGGAGUACCAGUCGAAGCUGGCCGCGGUGGCCGGGCGCGCCAAGGCACGCGCCAUCCUCACCGACGCUCUCUACGUCGUCAGCACGGGCACCGGCGACUUCCUCCAGAACUACUACCACAACGCCUCCCUGUCCCGCCGCUACAAUGUCGACCAGUACUGCGACCUCCUCGUCGGCACCUUCUCCGACUUCGCCAACGAGCUGUACAGACUGGGCGCGCGGCGGAUCGGCGUCACGUCCAUGCCGCCGCUGGGCUGCCUGCCGGCGUCCAUCAGGCUGUACGGCGAGGGCAAGGACGCGUGCGUGCCAAGGCUCAACCGUGACGCCGAGACCUUCAACGAGAAGCUGAACGCCACCGUAAAGGCGCUCAAGAGACGGCACGCUCACCUCAAGAUCGCCAUCUUCGACAUCUACACGCCCCUCCGCGAACUCGCCCAACACCCGGCGGCUUAUGGCUUCGCGAACGCGAGGGAUACGUGCUGCCAGACGGGGACGGCCAAGACGAGGGUGUACCUCUGCAACCCGACGACGGCCGGAACGUGCCGGAACGCCAGCAGCUACGUGUUCUUCGACGCCGUCCACCCGUCGGAGGCUGCCAACGUCUUCAUGGCGGAGUCCAUGAUCGAGGCGGGCAUCGAGCUGGUUACCUAG